CCAUCACCGCCACCUUCUUCCUCUCCCUUCAUCCCUCACCAUCACCGCCACCUUCUUCCUCUCCCUUCAUCCCUCACCAUCACCGCCACCUUCUUCCUCUCCCUUCAUCCCUCUGUUUUCCCGAUCAUUCUUCUUCUUUCCCUCAUCUCUUUCUUUCUUCUUUUUUUUUUUCUCUCUCUCUCACACUCUGGAGAACCCAGAUCGGGUUCUCCGAGAACCCAGGGUGGGUUCUGCGAGAAGAACCCGAUCUGGGUUCUUCAAGAGAACCCGAUCUGAGCCGAGUGGGUUCUCACCAGAGAACCCAGCUCGGGUUCUCCGGUGGGAACCUGAGCUGGGUUCUUGAGAACCCGAGCUGGGUUCUCAAGAACCCAGAGAAAAAAAAAAAAGAAGAAAGAAAGAGGUGAGGCUCCGUUAGUGUACUUGACGAAUUCCGUUAAUGUGUGAAUAGAUGUGUAACGGCAGAGGUGCACUCAAAGAGAUAAAUCUCUCUUUGAGAGGGGGAGUGGGAAUACAUAAACAUAAACCUCUAUACUUUACUUGGCAUGCAUUUAAUUUGCUGCUUGAAUAACUCAACCUGAGUAUAUUUUAAAUAUUCAUAUCUUAUUAUUGUUCAUUUUGAUGACUCAUGCCACAGACAUUUAUAUUUAAUUCUAAAUUAUUGUGCCACUUUAAUGUUGAUGCAUCUCAUGUAUUAUUGAUUAUUGAUGAACUAAUGGUAUCUUGUCAAGUUCUAUGUUUAGAAUGAAUUCUUACAGGUCUCAAGAGUUUGUUAACUCCUUGGCUUGGAAGAUUCGGAAAUAUGUUAUCAGCUUUUAAACUUAUCAGUUCAUCAGAAAAUACUAUUGGCCUUUGAGCCCAUUAGCUAUUGGCUUUUUUAGCUCAUACGAUCUACAAGAGCUUGCAUCCAUCAACUAUCAGCUUCUCAGCUCAUUUGUUCUAUGAAAGCUCAGUUCAAUCUUAACUCUGCAAAGCACAACCCUUAAAGGGGUUUGAUUUUAUGCUAUGACUUGAGAGACCAAGAUUUUCUUAUGGGCAUCUCAAGGUGGGAUUCUGUGGUGAGCAUCUCCAGCUACCAAAAUUGGCAUUCAGUCAACUCUACAAAAACUAGUUUUGAUCCUAACUCUAUAAAGCAUGACUCUCAAAAGCCUGACUUCCAUUAUUAUGGCUCAUGAGAUUGCAAAUCGUCACUUUCGAGUCGUCAUUUUCAAGUCAUCAUUCUCAGUUACAACCAUAACACAUGAUUAUGGGUCAUGUAUCUUUACUUCAGCUACGGCCACAGUGACCGCGAGUCACACAUUUUAUUUUAG